GUGGCGAAGAACAGUUCGGGAGUGUCUGUAAUAUUCUCUGCUGAAGAAGUUUAUUAAUACAUACAAUUAAACAACAAUGUCUACCUACUUCCAAUACCCAACUCCCGAGAUCCAGGAGGAGCUGAAAAAGAUCGCUCAGGCAAUCGUCGCUCCUGGCAAGGGUAUCCUCGCCGCCGAUGAGUCCACGGGAACCAUGGGCAAGCGACUCCAGGACAUCGGAGUUGAAAACACCGAAGAGAACCGUCGCAAAUACCGACAGAUGCUUUUCAGCACUGACCCUGCUAUCUCAGAAAACAUCUCUGGUGUGAUCUUGUUCCACGAGACUUUGUACCAGAAGGCCGACGACGGUACACCCUUGGUGUCACUACUUGAGAAACGUGGUAUCAUUCCCGGUAUCAAAGUCGACAAGGGUGUUGUACCACUCUUCGGCUCCGAGGACGAAUGCACCACUCAGGGUCUGGACGACCUCGCCCAGCGUUGCGCUCAGUACAAGAAGGACGGGUGCCACUUCGCCAAGUGGCGCUGUGUGCUGAAGAUCGCACGCAACACCCCGUCCUACCAGGCCAUCAUGGAGAACGCGAACGUGCUCGCGCGCUACGCCUCCAUCUGCCAGAGCCAGCGCAUCGUGCCAAUCGUUGAGCCCGAAGUGCUGCCUGACGGUGAACAUGACCUUGACCGCGCUCAGAAGGUGACCGAGGUUGUUCUCGCUGCAGUGUACAAGGCCCUGAAUGAUCACCACGUCUACCUUGAGGGAACUCUUCUUAAACCCAACAUGGUGACGGCUGGACAAUCGUGCAAGAAGACCUACACUCCCAUGGAUAUUGGUCGCGCCACCGUCACAGCUCUGCUCAGGACUGUUCCAGCGGCUGUUCCUGGAGUCACAUUCCUCUCUGGUGGUCAGUCCGAGGAAGAGGCUUCGGUGAACCUGAACGCCAUCAACACAGUAGACCUCAAGAGGCCGUGGGCGCUCACCUUCAGCUAUGGACGCGCUUUGCAGGCUUCAGUUCUGCGCGCUUGGGGUGGAAAACCUGAGAACGUGUCCGCUGGACAACUGGAAUUGUUGAAGAGGGCUAAGGCUAACGGCCAGGCUUCACAGGGCAAAUACGUGGCUGGAUCCGUAACAGGUGUGGGCGCCGAAGCCGGUCUUUUCGUUGCAAACCACGCGUACUAAACACAAACACCUCACAAAGUUACUGCUUUUCUCUUUAGCAUGUUGUUACAAAAUUAUCGAUGUUUGAUAACACAUGACACGGCAACUAAAAAAGAAAAGUACACAAUUAUGGCCAGCGUCAAUUGCGCUGCUUUAACAUUCUAAAUUUGAAAAUAACUCAAUACUGGCUAUAGUAUCUUUUCCUUUACAAGUUACAGCUUUAGAUGCUUUAAACAGAACAAACUAUACAAACACAAAUUAUUUAUUUAAAAUGUAUUGUGCGUUAUAUGUUGUUGUUUCUAUAUCAUGUAGAAUUAAGAACAGAUACAAAACAUUAGAAUUUUAGAUAGAUGAAAUUGACACAAUUUUCGAGUCGUAGUUGUUUCUUGUAAUCAAAUAGGAAAUUGGUAUUAAGUGUUGCUAGUUGGAAAAAGUAUUUAGGAAUAGUUUUUUUUUAUAUAAUAUAUAAAAUGUACAGUAUAUUUCUUUUACAAUCUGUAAUAGAAAUCAGCAGAAAUUAGAUUUGGAAUUUAGAUAUUAUUUUAUUAAUUAUUUUAUUUUUUAAGUAAUCGUAUUUUGAUAUUUUAAGAAUAAACUCAUUAAGCUGUAUAUAGUUUGUUUUACUUACAACGCCAUUUUCUAUCCAGGGACCAUAAAAAGCAUAUAUACGAUAUAUAAAUAUAAAAUUAUUUUAGAGGUUUUAACUCCAAUAUUAUAAUAGAUUUCAGCAUUAAAUUACCGUUUACGAGUGUAAAAUCAACAUAAGUUGUUUUCUCAGCGGUUGUAUGCCCGCCGUAUACUUAAUUCUUCAUAUAUUACUUAAGGCGCAGGUUGAGCAAAAUGUCGCGCUAGUCGUUAUUUGGGCGCUUUUUAGGAGCUAUCUCCUUUUUAUUUAAAAGAUAUAUCAACAAAUAAAAAACACAUUAUAUUUCUACAUAAUCUUGAUUCCAUAAAAGCUAUAUCCAAUUUUUUUUUAAAGGAAUAUAUAUUAAUAUAAUCUCCUUACAACAAAACCACAUAAAUGUGAAAUUAUUAUUGAUAACAUGCAUCUCCUCGUAAAGUAAGUAUUAUUUUAUUUUGCGAUUUACACCAAUGGAUAGGCAAUUUAUUAAUAAACAUUUCUAUAGUAAAUUUUUUUUCAAAAGACCAAAAUUUGAUUUUAUUAAGAAAUUAUUUUAAAAUCUGGGCAUAUUUACUGCUCACGGGCUUGUUGAAGUCAGUGAGCGCUGAGCUCUUCGACGUGAAGCCCGUGUCGUUAGAGCGUCGACCAACGCAUACGCCACGUCAUAUGAGUCGAUAAUAUUAUUACUUAUUAGGUUAUUUAUAGGUAGUAUUAUUUGUUUGUUUUGGGUAUAAUUUUUCGUAUUAGUUAUACAUAUAUUUGUUGUGUUUUUUACUGCGCGAUGAAGAUUUUUGCGUGUAUUUUCUUUGAAGUAAAUGCAAAUAAAAAAAUGAAGCACCAUUAGCAUAUAAGGUUCGAAUCCAUAAUUAAAAUUUCGACAAAUAUUAUAAUUUACACUAUAAAAAGCUAAUUCAAUAUUAUCACCCAACCACAAUAUCUUAUCAGGUAUAGUGCUGCCUCGUUGGUCUAGUGGUUGUAGUAGUGCGACUGCUGAUCAUGAGGUCCCAGGUUCGAAUCCUGGGUCGGGCCAAAAAGUCAGUUAUGAGUUUUUGAUUUAUGUUCUAAGUUAUAAUUAGUAUUACUAAGUUAUAGUUUUUUGUUAAAAUAUAGUAUAUUAUUUA